GUUAACUUGAUAACUGAUUUGACAUUGUUCAGUGACCGGUUGUUAGCAAGCUAGUGUACGUUGGCUAGAACGGCGGGAGUUAAAGCGCCACUUUCAAAAAUAGUAGCACUAGUUGAAUCUAAAUGACUGGCUAACUACUGAUGACAGCUUGGAGAUCUGUGCCCUUGCUAUUUGAUUUUGUGCGAUAGUGAUCCGCCAAACACAGUUGUUAUGCUAUCAAGUACUGUAGCUAGUCAACGUCGUAUGGUCCGGGCAAGACAGUCAGCUGAACUGUUUAGUGUGCAGUGAUGGAACUGUUUGUCUUUGCUGGGCUGGAUUGCCUUGCCUGUAUUUGUUGCAUCUGAGUCUGACAUUGUCUUCUGUUCUUUGAUAGAGGCGAGAUGAACCCCUCUGCUUUUGCUCAGUCCGGCCCCCUGCACCCAAGCCUGGACCCUGGGGGGAUGGUGAAGCUGGUGGAGUCCGACAUGGAGCUGCAGAAGAUGCUGAUCGAUGAGCGGAUGAGAUGUGAGAACCACAAGACCAACUACCGGACUCUCAAGGCUGAACAUACCAGGCUGCAGGAUGAGUUUACCCGGGGGCAGGGAGAGCUGAAGCGUCUCCUCAGUGACAAGCAAACCGCCCAGGAGAAACUGCAGCUGCUGCUGGCUGAACUCCGCGGUGAGAUGCUGGACAAGACCAGGGAGCUGGAGGAGCUACGACUACAGGUGCUGACCCCCCAGCGGUUGGAGCUGUUGAGGGCCCAGGUGCAGCAGGAGAUGGAGGGGCCUGUCAGAGAGCGCUUCAACAAACUGGAGGAGGAGACUGAGAAGUACAGGUCUGAGUAUAACAAGCUGCGGUACGACUACACCUUCCUGAAGUCUGAGUUUGACCACCAGAGAGAGGAGAGCGCUCGCAUACUGGAGGAGAAGAAGAUCCGCUUUGAUGCUGAGGUAUCACGGCUGGAAAGGGACAGAGAGGACCUGAUUGGCCAGUAUCAGGGCACAGACUCGUCUAGAGACGGUAAACGCGUUGAGUCUCUGCUGAGAGAGAAGGCCCAGCUCCACCUGCGUCUGAAGGGCCUGGAGGCUGAGGUGGCUGAGCUCCGGGCCCAGAGGGACAACUCUGGCCAGCAAGCCGAGAACGUGCAGCGCAUCCAGGUCCGCCAGUUCGCAGAAUCCCAGGCUGCAGCCAAGUCACUGGAGGCAGAGAGGCAGUCACUGCGCCUGCAGUUGGAGCGUCUGGGGAGCGAGUUGCAGCUGAGUCAUGAACAGAACACCCAGCUGACCGGCAGACUACACAAGGCUGAGCGAGAGGUCAACACUCUCACCAGCCAGGUGGAGGGCAUGAGGCACUCUCACAAGCUGGAGGUGGCCAAUGUGAAGCUGGAGUGUGCCAGGUCUAGAGGGGAGGUGGAGCGGGAGAGAGACACACUACAGGGCCAAAUGGAAGGUAUGCAGUCUGAUGUGGAGGUGUUGAAGGGGACGGUGGAGAGACAGAAGGAGGUGCUGGCUGAGAGGGAGAGGGAACUCGUCCGGAGGGUGCAGGCUGCUCGCGAGGAAGAGUUCCACAAAACAGCUAUCGUCCACGAGGAGAAGUUGGUGCUGGAGGAUCGUCUGGCUGAGCUGGAGCAGCAGAGGGCGCUACAGGAUGCUGCUGGCCACACCCAGAAAGAGGAGUGGGAGGAGCGUCUCCGUGGCGCCCAGCUGGGGGAGGAGUCUGCCCGUAAGGAAUUGCAGAUCCUAAGGACUAAACUGCAGCAGCAGGGCUCUCAGCUGGAGGAACUGCAGACACAGAAGACAGAUAAUGCUGAUCUGAGACGGCAGAACCAGGAGCUGGGGGUGCAGCUGGGUACGUUGUCCCACGCAGAGGCUGAGCUUCUGGAGACCAACCAGCGUCUGAGGGACACCCUGGAGAGGGCCCGGGAGGACUUGAGGAGCGCCCGCUCACAAGCUGAGAGGACCCAACAUGAAGCCGAGAGAUUGGUGGAGGAGCGUCGUGUGGAGUGGUUAGAGGAGAAACACAAACUACAGGAGAGGGAUGCAGAGCUGCAGGAGAAGUACGGCCAGGCCAAGGAGAAACUUCAGAGGGCCGCGCUGGCACAGAAAAAGAGGAAAAACAUGACAGAGAACAAGGAGAAGAGAUACCAGGACAGGAUCCAACUACUGGAGGCUAAGAUGGCAGAGCUGGAGCUCCAGACCAGCUCAGCCAAGAAGCGUCCUUCCUACACCGAAGAGCAUGCCCUCCUUAACAGACGACUGAAGGAACUGCAGCGCCGACACAGCGAGUUCCGACGCCUCCUAUUGGGCAACCAGGUGACCUCUGCCACAGGCCCUGCCCUCAUGACCUCCACCACCGGCACAGGACUUGGCCCGGUCCUCGUACCCGAGUCUGAGGGGCCUAGUCUUCAUGAGGAGCAGCACCAGAGAGAGUUAUCACUGCUGCGUCGGAGGCUGGAGGAGUUAGCCUGUACGCAGCAGCAGCAGAUGGAGGAACUGGGACAGGAACAGGGGCUCUGGCCUGCACGACUCUCUCCCUGAACUCUGACCCCCCCCCCCCCCCCCCAGAGAGUGAGCAUGUAGGAUUUAUUACUCCCUAAAAGUGAUGUUUGGUAAUAUUCUAAUUUAAUCAGUGACAUCUCAAAUAUUUUGUGAAAAACAGUUUGAUUUUAUUGGCACAAAAGAUGUCAAAUGAAAAGAGAACUACAUGGAUUCAAUGUCUACAUUCCUUGUUGAAUAACAGUACUCUAGUCCUUCCAUGCCUUGGCUGUUGAUGCCUAUGUAAAUAAUGAUUUCAAUGGCCAACCA